UAAAAAAAUUAUUUUCUGUGAAUUUGCGAAAAUCGAUGACCUGAUAGGAUUAACAUAUCUUAGGCUGAAAACGAGUUUGCUAUAUAAAACACGUAAUUUUUUUCAUCUUGUGUGCGUCCACCAAGUAUUAUAAAAGGAGGAGUCGGGUGAGAGGCAGGUGGGAAGAAACUUAUUGUGAAAAUGAAUUUGUGUGUGUUGUGUUUGCGCGGAAGAAGAGAGUGGAUCGUUUUGUGAUAUGAGAAGGACAAAUUUCAACGCCACUACAUGAGACGAUUAUCCUCAAAAAACCUUUUUUUUAGUUUGCGAAGGGCUACUAUACCCCUUUUCCUAUCUUUUAUAUAUAAUGCAACCUCGUUCCCAGGGUUAUUGCCUGGUCGUCAAAUAAGGGUUUUGACAUCAGGAAACAUAUUGUCAGGAGGAGGAUGCUCAACAUAACUGAUAUUUUCCCUUAUAUUACUUAUUUUAUAUCAGAAAUAGGGGCAAAGAUUUUCAGUGGAACUCCAGCAGCCGUGCGCAGUAACGUGGCCUCCUCUCUUCCUAGCCUAGCGGUUACAUUUUUAGGCUGGAGGACACGCGGGAAAUUUUAAAUUUUCAAACAAAUAAGUAAAUAGGAUUAGCAUUGGAGAGCAUAAACAAAGAUGGUGGCAUACAAAUAACGCAUUUUCUUUGGAUUGGACGUUAAUAAUUGGUUUGAAGAAAAGGAUGAAAUGAAUCUCGAGGAAAAAAGUAUGAAAAGACUUUGAAAUGGAGUCAGUUACAGAUGAAAUUUUACUUCUUAUUUGUGGAUUUCUUAACACGGAAGAUUUAAUAUCUAUCAGCCAAGUGAAUAAGCGAUUUUACAAUAUAUCACAUGAUCCCACUUUGAACAGGAGGAUUGAGAUUCAUAACAAUCUGCAUGUAUCAUCUACAAUACUUCAUCGGAGGUGUAACCAGUAUGCAAAUCAUUUACACACAUUGAUAUUUAAAGAUUGUUUUUGGAUUCCAUCUUACCAAAUAGUGGCAGCACUGCAACGGUGCACAAAGUUGAAAAUACUGUUCCUCACUGGCUGCAGGCUAUCCAUGGCAGGACUUGUGAAAAUUUCAAUCAGCAAUCCAAACUUACACAAGCUUGGUUGGUCUAUUCCAAGCACAAAUAUUUCAACAGAGCUGCGUAAGAAUGAAAAAUUGACACCAUUAUUUCAUGACAUUCAAUCAGUAUUCAAGAAGUUGAGUAGUUUAAUAUUACGUUUUGAAACGCUGGCUAGCUUUGAGCAAUUUUUACCUUUGUUUGAUUCAAAAGAAAUUUUUGUUGAAGAAUUCGGUUUAGAGUAUUUGAGUGACAGAUCUUCUUCGUACUUCACAAUUGGAAAUACGUACAGUGUUCAUGUAAAGUGCAAAGAAAAAUUUCAACUUUGUUUAAGUCAUGCUAUAAAUGCAAACAGAUUUUUGCAUUUUAAUUUGCUUGUGAUGGACUUUGUUAUUCAAACUAUAGUCAAAGUUUCUCACACAAAACAACUGACAGUUUUACUUGCACCUGGAAAUAUAAAUUCGCCAUGUUGGAAAUACAUAACAACAGUAUUAGAUUCAAUAUUAUUCGAAAGAAUUGACUUAAGUUACUGCAUCCUUUGCAAGGAACAAAUGACAUGGCUGUCAAAGUUAACAAAACUGACUCACUUGAAUCUUUCUGCUGUUGGAUCAUUCAAGGGAAAUUUGAUGAGAGUAAUAGCAAAUAAUUGUGAAAAUUUAGUUGCACUGAACCUUACUGAUUGUGAUGACUGGAUUGAUAAGGAACUACACGGUUUGGAUGCUGUAGCUACUUCCUGUUUAAAACUGAAAGAAUUGAACUUGUCUUGUUUACAUAUACAUGCUGGUCAAUACGAAUUAAAUAAAUUGUGCUCACUUUUAAGCAAAAUGAAAAAUUUAACAUCGCUUUCUAUACCAGCAUGUAAUCUGAUCAACAACAUUAAUCUAGUUGAUACAAAAGUAAAAUCAGCAAAUGCGUCACGGUACAAACCUCAAACUGCUUCGAAAUUGGUACUGUUUGAUGAAAGUAGUUCUUCCAGUGUGGAGACUGGUGAUGAUUCCUUGUCAAGAAAGUUGCGUUCGUCACAGGAAGAAUUAGACAUAAGUUUUGGCUUGAGUGGUUUAGAUAUAAUCUGUCGCGAUUGUGUCAAACUGAAAGAGUUGGAGAUUAUUGAUACAGGUUUUCAUUCUGCAUUUAGUAAACUGAGCAACCAGGAUCAAUUUUAUUGUCCGCAAACAUCUCAUUUAAAAGAUAAAAACUUUCUUCCUAUUUGUCAGCUCACAAAGUUGACAAAGUUGACUUUAGCAGGUUUGUCAGGUGUUUCAUCGUUUUCUUCGUUAAGCAAAAUAACUGCAUCGUGUGAACAAUUAGAGGUGCUCUCCAUUGCACAUUGUGGACUGUCUGGACAUUCAGGUGCAUUGUCAUCGUUGAAAUCAGCAUUAACAAAUUGCAAAAAACUGAAGAAGUUUAGGUUGGACCAGCCUUAUUAUAUAUUAAAAGAGAAUAUUUUAUCAGCACUGCACAACUGCCAACGUUUAGAGAUACUGUGUAUUAUCAGCAAGAAUGGGAAAGUACCCAAGAGUACUGACAUUUAUAUCUCUUUAUUUGAAAACUGUCCUCGUUUGGUCGCUUUUUUUCUCUUUUCUGGAUCACUGGUAUCUGAAGCAAAAAAACUUCAAUCAACUUUAGUAAAGAAAUAUCAAAGAACUAGACCAUCUUUGUGCGUCACAGUGCUUCCAUAUUUUAAUGCACUGACUGAAGAAGGAUUACGUCAAGUUCCAUACGUGUAUUUGAGAGAUGUUAUACGCUUUGAAUCACGUGUGGCAACGUGCAAAUACGAUAGUUGACCUGUUUUGUGUUUUUUUGUGUCGCUUUAAAAAUUGUGGUGUUUUUAAUACUUUUAUUAAGCGUAUAACUAAUGUAUUUAAAAUGUAAUAUUUGAUGCGAAUGUGAUUCUAAAA